AUGAGUCGUGGAUUUUCAGAAAACAAUAACUUUCCGUAUGACAACAAUCAAAUGGUUUUGGAUAUGAUCCUGUGUUCCCUAAUUGGUGUUCCUCAGCCUAUCAACUGGGACAGUGUGGCAAGGCUAGUUCCAGGAUAUACAUCCAAAGAGUGUGCAAAAAGGUUUGAUGAACUAAAAAGCAGUGGAAGUUCACCUGUUGACAACCAGUAUAAUCCCCUGAUGGCCGCUGGUGGGAGUCCUGUGGAAACUUUAGCUACGUACAUCAAAUCCUCCUUGCUCGAUACACAGACAGAGUUUCAGGAGCCUGCUAUUGGGCAGGAUUCCAUUACUAUAACUGGAAGGCCCAGCACAGCCUCCACAAGGAAUUGCUCUUCAGAAUCUGAGAAAGGUCCUGUGCAUAAAGGUGGAGAAAGCACUGACAAAAGCCAGGGGCCAAAUAUGGUGAUCCAUGUAUGCGAUGAAGCAAAAAACCUCAAAGAAGAUUUUGUGUGUCCUCGAGACCUUUUGAUUUCAGAAAUGAAAUACUUUGCUGAAUAUCUGUCAGUGGAUGCUCAGCGCUGGGAAGAGGUGGAUAUUUCAGUGCACUGUGACGUUCACAUCUUUGACUGGUUGAUAAGAUACGUUAAAAGGAACACUAAAGAUUCUGAAGCUAAUGAAAUGCCCACUUUAGAACCAUCAAAUGUCAUAUCAAUUCUUAUUUCUUCUGAGUUUUUGAAGAUGGAUUCAUUAGUAGAAAAAUGUAUUCAUUAUUGUCACAAAAAUAUGAAUGCUAUUGUAGCCACACCAUGUAACAUGAAUUGUAUCAAUGCUAAUCUUGUUACGCACAUUGCUGAUCUCUUCACACACAAUGAAGUGGAAGAGCUGAAGGACAAAAGAGACAAAUUUAAGAGUAAGCUUUUCUGCAAGAAGAUUGAGAGACUGUUUGAUCCAGAGUACCUAAAUCCAGAUUCUCGAGGAAAUGCAGCAACAUUAUACAGGUGUUGUUUAUGUAAAAAGCUGCUAACUAAAGAAACUGAAAGAAGAAUUCCUUGUGUACCAGGAAAAAUCAACAUAGAUCAACAUGGGAAUAUUGUCUAUGUUCAUAUAAGAGACAAAACCUGGGAAGUCCAUGAGUACUUAAUUGGCCUUCACGAGGAAUUGAAGUCUUGGCGGGAUGUUUAUUGGCGUCUUUGGGGGACUGUUAAUUGGUUGACCUGCUCGAGAUGUAACCAAUCUUUCCUGUGUACUGAAUUCUCCCACUGCCAGUACCAUUCGCAGCCAGUUCUUUAUCCAGGUGUAGCAAGUGCUCUGGGCUCAACUGGGACAGGAGUAUAUCCCUGUUGUAACCAAAAAGUACUUCGAUUUGAUCCUACAACCCUCCCAAAGGGCUGCAAAGUGAGGGAUCACAUGGUUGAUUUACCUUCAGGAAAUGAAGAUGGGCAUGCUUUGCCAUUUCAAACUACUAAAAUGUUGAAUGAUCUGCUUCAUCAUAGAGAUGUUAUUGUUGUUCCUUUCACUAAAGAUGAGAAUAGUGAUUCUGGUAUUGGGCUCUGUGAUGAAAAAGGCAUUGAAUGUGAUGUGCUUGUAGAACCAAAUACGCCGUGGGGUCCAAAAACUGGAGAAAUCAAUGCUUUUCUUUCUCUGAAGAACUGUACUUUACAGCUGAAACAGCAAUCGUUGUUAUCUGAAGAAGAGGAGUAUACUACUGGCUCAGAGGUCACUGAGGAUGAAGUGGGGGAUGAAGAAGAAGUAUGCAGGAAACCAGGGAGAAAGGAGAAAUUAAAGAAAUCCUACAAGCACCCAAAGAAAAUGAUUUCUUCCCCAAGUGUUCAGAAAAAGGAGAAGCCUUCUGAUAAGUCAAGUUCCCGAGAUGCAUCUCCAUUCAUUGUGAGUAUGCAGCAGAACAAAUGGGAUCCCUCAAGGUCACUAAGAUUCAACCAAGAUGCUCAAAGAGAAGAUGAUCAGAGAAGAAUGUCUGAGAUUACAGGGCACUUAAUAAAAAUGAGACUGGGAGACCUUGAUCGAGUCAAGUCAAAAGACAGCAAAGAAUAUGCAGGAGGCAUUUAUUCUAGACUUGAAGCUCAGAUAAAGGCCUCAGCGCAGGUCAGUGCGCGGCAAAACAAUGCUGAGAAGAAUGCCAGGUCAAAGUCCCGUUUCGGUCAAGGCCGCCCAACAUAA